ACCACAACCAACAUGUCCGACCUCAAGACGUACUUGGCCAGCAAGUACAUGUCGGGCCCCAAGGCCGACGCGAUCCUUGCGCGCGCGGGCGGCGACGCGCCAAAGAAGCGCAGGAAAAAGGUCAAGAACAAUGAAGACUAUGUCGGCGGAGAGUCGAGUGGGAGCAGGUUGAAGCUCCAGGAUGAGGACGAGUGGGGAGGGGGAAGGGGGGAGGAUGUGGAUCUCGAAGGAGCAGACGCACCAGUCGUCGGCAAGGGCCUCUCAACAUUCAAGAAGGGCAAAUCAGCAUGGUCCACAGUCGGCGCAACGUCCAUCCCCGUCGCAUCAAGUAGCAGGACAGGAGGCGACCGCGCCGACGACGACGACAAUGGGGUCAAGGCCGAGCCCACCGACCCCGCGUCGCCGCCCAAGCAGCUCACGAAGCGCCGUGGCGGCCUGCGAACAGCAGCGCAGAUCGCAGCCGAGGCAGCACAAGAGGCGGCCGAGGCGCGCUCCCCCUCGCCGGAGCCAGAGUACGACGUGACUGCCACCGUCCACCGUGAUCAGUCGGGCCGGGUGCUCGAUGUCAACGAGCUGCGGGACGCCGCGCGCCGCGAGGAGGAAGACGAGCGGCGGAAGGAGGCCGAGAGGAAGGAGUGGGGCAAGGGACUGCUGCAGCGCGAGGAGCGCGAGAAGAGGGCGCGCGAGGAGCGCAAGAUGGGCGAGCGGGAUGUGGCGAGGCGCGCCGACGACGUGGAAAUGAACCAAGAGAUGCGCGAGCAGGAACGGUGGAACGACCCAGCAGCCAAGUUCCUCACGAAGAAAAGCAAAAAGGGGCCACGGUACCCGACCUACAAGGGACCAUUUGCGCCGAACCGCUUCGGCAUUGCGCCAGGGUUCCGGUGGGACGGCGUGGACCGCUCGACGGGCUUUGAGAAAAAGUACUUUCAGGCGCAGAACGCUGCCGCGCGGCGGACGCUCGAGGCAAACGCAUACAGCAUGGAGGAUAUGUAGUUGUAGUAGUGUUAUUGCAUGGCAUGGGGUUGUCGGGA